CGUGUUAAUGUCAGGCUGAUCAUGACGGCCGUGGAUACAAUCUGCCAACGUCGCAAAUCCUCUGCUCCGCAUCCGGGCGUGGAUAUUGUGGAACACAUCAAUGGUUCCUUUGGGCGCUGGCAACUACGUACCAUUCUAUUGAUCUUCCUGUGCAAGAUACCGACAGCAUGGUUCAUGGCCUGCAUCAUCUAUACGGCACCAUAUCCUCAGCGGGGCGAGCUAGUGUGUCAUUCGGCCUCUUGGAAUGGCAGCCAUGUAGUGGAAGGUCGGAGCAGCAUGUUGCACAGUCGCAACACGGAUCGACUGUUCAGUGUGCAGGUGUGCAAUGCCUAUGCACAGAGCUUGUCUCAGACAUUUGUCCAACAUUAUGCACAGACCUGGAAUGCAACGACAUCGACUCAGGAAACGAUGCCUUGUGAGAAAGUAGAACACAAUACGGCGUACAAAUCGCUGAUAACACAGUUUGAUUUGAUUUGUUCUCGUCGCGUUUUGGUUGCAGUCACGCAAUCCUUUCAUGCUCUUGGCGCACUCCUCGGCGGACUGUUGGCCCAUCAAGCGCUGCGGCAUAUUAGUCCGCGUCGCCUGAUGCUGCUGGGCAUGCUAGGCCAGAUCUUUUGCGGCAAUCUAACUGGCCUGGUGGACACCUAUCAGCUGCACAUCUAUUUCCGUUGCCUGACCUCCGUUUGCUGCACGGUAAUGUACACCGCGGGUCACUUUAUCCUGACGGAUAUUACGUCGGGUAAAGCACGCAUUUUGGUGGUCACACUGUCCGAGUUGUUCUGGUCGAUUGGCCUGGUUCUAUUACCUGCCAUAUCCAUCUACUUUAAUAACUGGAGUCAUCUCUAUGUGGCCAUCUCAUCGUCGCUCAUUGUGCUCGUCUGGCUGCAUCGCUGGAUUACGGAUGCGCCACGUUGGCUGCUGCGCCAACAGCGUGUCGAGCCGGCACUGCGAAUGCUCCUGGAAUCGGCCACAUAUAACAAUCGCAUGGUGCCCUUAACCCUAGACGUGCAGCUAACUGUCUACGCUGCAGAACUGAGUGCAAAGCCGAAAAGCAAUUACUGCCAGAUUUGGGAUAAGGAGACAAAGCGUCGACAGCUUAUAUAUAUACAUCUUAUCUGGGGCUGUGCUCAGGUCUUAUAUAACAUUAUACUGCUGAUGAUUCGUAGCCUGGGCGAGGCGCAGGUUCACGUGAAUACCGCCGCACUGGGCUUUGCCGAAAUGGUGGGCGUCUUUGUUGGACUCUACUUUAUACUCUACACACGUCGCUAUUUCCGCUGGGCUGGCAAUCUUAUGAUUGUCGCAGGUCUGUGCACUUAUCUGGUCUGGCUGCUACCCGAAAGUGACCGCAACUCACGUCGCGUGGGAUUGGAGCUCAUCUUUUGGAUGCUGUUGAAGUUUGCCAAUUCGGCUUCCAUAGCCGUGCUCACCACCUGCACGGGGGAAAUGGUUUCGCCCGAAAAACGUGUCCUGCUGAUGCUCUCCGUGGUCAGUUUUGGCCGUUUGUGCUUGGUCUUCUCGCCAUUAUUGAGUACCUUGACCGUGAUACAUCGACUGCUGCCCAUUACCAUAAUUGCCACCGUGGGCUGGGUGUAUGGCAUCGCAAUGCGUUUCCUCAAUCGCUACUAUUGGAAUACAGAGCAACUGCAAGUCGGUCAGGUGCCCACACCCAACACCUAUCGUCGCAAUUCCGCCGUAAUUCUACGUCGCUGCAGCACUGCCAGCUCCGAUGUGAGUGGAUAUAGCAAUGAGUUGAUCCGAAACUUUGAACAAAACGUUGCCGUAAGCAUAGCCGAUCUCUGGCACAUCAAUUUCAAUACAAUUCACGAGUGUGACAGUCUAACGGAAGUCAACGAGGCUGCCGUUAAGCCGCACAGCAGUAUGCAUAGUAUUUGAAUUCUGACUUUCAGAGCCGCCC